AUGGACACCGUGAAGGAGGGCGCGGUCCUAACCGGCGGUUCGUCGGCGGGCAGCAGCAGUGACGACGACUCCAUGCGCCGCCGGUGGCGACUGAUCCUUUGCAGCGCUGCCACCGAGUACAGUGCGGGUGCCAUCCUGGCGAUGGGUGCGUGGCAGGCGGAGCUGCGCGACGUGCUGGGGCUCACGACGGGGCAGACAAUGUCCAUCGGCGCGGCCAUCUUCUUCGGCACCUUCUUCGCGUUUCUCGGAGGCCGCGCCUUUGACGCGCUCGGCCCGCGCCGCACAGUCCUGCUUGGGGGAGGUAUGGCUUGCUUGGGCUACCUCACUCUCUUCACUGCCGUCAGAUUCUCCGACCGACUCUCUUCCCGCGCAAAGCUCACCCUCGCCACAGCCGGUUCUGUGCUCGCCGGGUAUGCAUGCGGCAACCUCCUCGACCUCUCGGCCUCGAUGGCCUGCUCGCUCUCCUUCCCGCACGAGCGCGCGGCGGUGGUUGGCUACAUGAAAGCAGUGCUCGCCACCUCGGCCGGGCUGUGGGCGCUCCUCUGGGUGAACGUCUUUGCCGUGGUCAGCUCGCUCGCAUCGUACCUCGCGUGCGCCGCGGCGACUGUCCUAACCCUCUCAUGCCUCACCGCCUCUGGGAUCGUCGUGCUACCCGAGGGCGAGGAUUACCGACGCCCGUUUGACCAUGCCGACACGGUCAAGCUAGUCUUCGCCGUCGUGUCCGCGCUCGCUGUGGCUAUUUGCACCGUCGCGGCGAGCUCUCUCCGCUCGGCCGGACUUAUGGGACCCACACCGGCGUUUGGGUACGCCGCGCUCGCCAUCGCGGCCGCACCCGCGUGCAUCAUCUUCCUCCCUUCCACGAAGCAGAGGGUCUCGCUCCGCACCACCAUUCUCGUGGCUGAGGCGGCGACAAAACUCCGCCGCCGGACGAGCUUCCUCUCGAGCCGCCACAGCGUGUACGAGGUGCUCUCGAGGGGAGAGGCCGCGCCCUCUUCCGAGUAUGCUGGCAUCCCGUUCUGCGUGGCGGUACGGGGCAGCGAGUUCUGGCUGAUUUGGUUCGUGGCUUUUGCCAUUCUCGGUGCGGGAAACGCGAGCAACCAGAACUUGGCUUUUGUUCUCGAGAGCGCCGCGGACCCCGACGACACCGGCCUCGCCGUCGGCCUCUUCGCGCUCACCUCGACCGUUGUGCGGGUGGCGGUGGGCAUCGUGUCGGACAAGUGCCAGCACAUCCUUAGCCGCGUCUCAAUGAUCCCCAUCGUCUCGGCGAGCGCGUUGGUCAGCCAGUGCCUCCUCGCCCUCCCGAAUAUCAGCAGCAUCAUGCUGGGCGUCUUCUUCUCCGCUCUCUCCUUUGGAGGCUUCCUCACCCUCUUCUUGCCCGUGCUUAACGAGAUGUACGGCCGACGUGAGUUUGGUGUCAUAUGCGGCGUGCAGUUUGUCUGCCAGGCCGUCGCCUCCUUUUGCAUCUCGCUCGAGCUCAUGCCCGGCCUAUACCAAGCCGCGGCAACACGGCACGGCACCAUCACUUGCGUCGGGCCCGACUGCUACCAGGCUUAUUCUGGCCUUGCGUCCUUCCUGGUGGUCGCUCUGCUCAACCUCGUCGGCCUCGGCGCCUCCCUCUGCCUCGCGUGGCGUAUCCGUGCGCACAAGCUGCCGGCAGAGAGGAUUGCCAUGCGCAGGCAUGUCGAGAAACUCGGCUACGAUUGA